GCACCACAAUCUCUCCUCCUACGUAGUGUGCAAACCAACCAACGCAAGACAAGAGAAGCAGCAAUGGCGGUGCAGCAGUGUACGGUGGCGCUCUUGGUGGCCGUCGCCCUCGUGGCGGGGCCAGCCAUCUCGUACGCCGCCGAAGCUAGCUACGCCCCAGCCGGGCCACAGCCCAAGGCCACGACCGAGGAGCAGAAGCUAAUUGAGAAGGCCAACAACGCCUUCAAGGCGGCCGUGGCGGCCGCAGCCGCAGCCCCUCCAAUGGACAAGGGCAAGAUAUUCGCGAAGACCUUCACGCAGAUCUUCGGCAGCUGGUCUCUUGAGGGGGUCACCGACACGUCCAGCACCAAAGCCAUUUUCAACUCCAGGGUCGGCUUCACUCUGGCGGGGGCCUCACAGAAAGCCCAGGGUGCUACCCCAGAGGCCAAGUACGAAUCCUUCGUGGCCAUGUUCGGCAACUCGCUUCGCAUCAUCACCGGCAUCCUCGAGGUCCAAGCCGGCGAGGAAGUCAAGGGGCCGAUCCCUGCUAGCGAGCUCAAGGCCAUCGACCAGAUCGACGUCGCCUUCAGCACUGCAGCCACCGCCGCCGAAGCUGCCCCCAAAAAGGACAUGUCCACCGUCUUCGACUCCGCCUUCAGCAAGGCCAUCAAGGAGACCACGGGCGGUGCAUACGAGGGCUGCAAGUUUGUCCCCGCCGUCGAGUCCGCCGUCAAGAAAAGCUACGCCACGUUUCUUCCCAGGAAUCCCCACGACAAGCGCGUGCUCAUUGAGUCCUUCCUGAGCGACACCAUCGUCUCCAUGGCCGCCGUCGUCGCCCCCGCCCCUGCCACUCCCACCGCCACCGCCGCUGCCGGUGGCUACAAAGUCUGAGCUCACCGCAUAUACUGCACGUAGAUAUGCAUAUGCGUACGUGUGUAUGUGACUGUGGCAGCCAGCGAGUUUGAUCGACAAUCAAAAUCAAUUAUUGGUUUUUGUUUCAUGCACCGGCGAUCGAUGACCUCUUAGUUAAGUACUCCCUCCGUUCGGAAUUACUCGUCUAAGAAAUGAAUGUAUCUAGAUGUAUUUUAGUUGUAGAUACAUUCAUUUUUGUGACAAGUAAUUCUGAACGGAGGGAGUACAUGAUAAGCAUGGCCAUCAGCUAGCAUAUUCCAUUCAUUUUCGUAUAUUACAUUCUUGGCCAUUCAGUUUUGACCAGCUAUUGGAACACUAAAUUGUAACCAACCAUGCAUGUAGAAGAUGUCAUAAUACACAUACUUUCUACUUACUGUAUUUAUAUCUCUAA